CCCGGCGCUAGCGCGGAGGCGGUACCGGGCGCGGCGCAGAGCGGAGGAUGCUGCGGGUGGGGGCCGCCGCCGCCAGCCUCGGUGCCGGUCCCGGUGCCGGUCCCGGGCGGGAGGGAGCCCCGGCGCAUCCCGCCCGCUGAGCCCGGCCCGGCCCGGCCAUGGGGGCUCUGACCAGCCGGCAAGACGCAGGCGUGGAGGAAGUGGAUGUCCCCGCUAAUUCCGUCUACAGAUACCCCCCGAGAUCCGGGAGCUACUUUGCCAACCACUUCAUCAUGGGCGGCGAGAAGUUCGACUCCACUCAUCCCGAGGGAUACCUCUUCGGGGAGAACAGCGACCUCAACUUCCUGGGGAACCGGCCCGUGGUGUUCCCUUACGCUGCUCCACCUCCUCAGGAACCCGUGAAGACCCUCAGGAGCUUGAUCAACAUCCGCAAGGACACCCUGCGCCUUGUCAAGUGCUCAGAGGAGGUGAAGACCCCGGGGGAGGAAGUCAGCAAAGCCAAGGUGCGCUACAACGUGGAGUUCACCUUCGACACGGACACCCGCGUGGCCAUCACCAUCUACUACCAGGCCAGUGAGGAGUUCCACAACGGGGUGGCGAGCUACAUCCCCCGGGACUCGAGCCUGCAGUCCGAGACGGUGCACUACAAGCGGGGGGUGUGCCAGCAGUUCUGUGUCCCCUCCCACACCAUCGACCCCUCCGAGUGGAGCGAGGACGAGCUGGGCUUCGACCUGGACCGGGAGGUGUACCCCAUGGUGGUGCAGGCGGUGGUGGAUGAAGGAGAGGAGCACAGCGGGCACUGCCACGUGCUGCUGGCCACCUUUGAGAAGCACAGUGAUGGCACCUUCUGCGUGAAGCCCCUCAAGCAGAAGCAAGUGGUGGAUGGUGUGAGCUACCUCCUGCAGGAGAUCUAUGGCAUUGAGAACAAGUACAACACCCAGGACUGUAAGGUGGCCGAGGAUGAGGUGAGCGACAACAGCGCCGAGUGCGUGGUGUGCCUGUCCGACGUGCGGGACACGCUCAUCCUGCCCUGCCGCCACCUCUGCCUCUGCAACACGUGCGCUGACACCCUGCGCUACCAGGCCAACAACUGCCCCAUCUGCAGGCUGCCUUUCCGAGCCUUGCUUCAAAUCCGAGCCAUGAGGAAGAAGCUGGGGCCCCUCUCGCCCACCGCCUUCAACCCCAUCAUCUCCUCGCAGACCUCCGACUCUGAGGAGCACUCGGCCUCAGAGCACAUCCCCCCGGGCUAUGAGGUCGUGUCGCUGCUGGAGGCUCUCAAUGGGCCGCUGAUGCCAUCCCCGGUGCCGCUGCGCAGGCUGGGGGAGCCCCCGGGCACGGGGCCCCUGCCCUGCUAUGAUGGGUCCCUGCCCCCCCUGCGGGCUCUGUCACCCCUCGAGCGCAUCCCCGACUGCGGCCCCCCGGGGCUCAAGGUGAAGAGGAGCAUCUCCAAGUCCAUCUCGCAGAACUCCUCCAUCCUGCCCGAAGAGGAGGAUGAGAAGUCGUGCACCGAGUCGGAGCUGAGGGUCUCCAGGAGGAGAUCCCCUGCCCGGUGCCAGGAGGAGUGUGGUGUGACGCCGGAGAGUGAAAACUUCACCCUGUCAUCAUCAGGGGCCAUCGACCAGUCCUCGUGCACCGGGACACCGCUCUCCUCCACCAUCUCGUCCCCAGAAGUGGCCCCGCUCAGCCCCUUCUCUCCCGCAGAGCCCGUCAGCAGCAGCCUGGCCCAGUCCGUCAUGUCCAUGGCCUCCUCCCAGAGCCAGCACUCCCAGCUCAGCACCGACACCGUGUCCUCCAUGUCCGGCUCCUACAUCACUCCUGGUACGGAGGAGGAAGAGGAGGACGAAGGGGAAAUGCUCCCCUCGCCCGCAGGUGCCAGCGCCACAGCCUCUGACGGAGAGUCGACGCCUGUGGAGUCCCCGGAUAUCAACUUCGUCAGCAUCUCAGCCGAGGAGCGCGAUGCCGAGGGCAACGACGUGCUGGAGGAUGAGGAUGCGUCUCCCACACAGGAAGAUGGCCCGAGGACAGGCGCUUUCCUCGGUCUGAGCUGUGACAAUAACAAUGACUUGGGCAUCGCACACGUGAAAGCGCUGGACAAUAAACUGUGCUCUGAGGCCUGCUUACCUGGCGCUGUGCCGGACUCCUGCCCCAUUAACAUUGAGGAAUAGGCCCAGAGGCAGCCAACAACAACGUGCGGCUGCAGCAGGCGCCCCGGCCCCGCUGCCCCCCCGGCCCCCAGGACCUGGAGCUGGCAGCGGCCACCCCUGUGUGAGGGCUCAGCCUCAGCAGGGGCACACGCACCCCCCGUGCACACAGAGGGGUCCGGGCACCGCAGGCAUCGCCACCUCCCUCCCCUGCCUGUGGUGGGACUGCUUUUCCAAAGACAAGAUGGUAACGUGGGCUUUUCCUGCCCGGCCCCGCUGUGCAGAGCGGGGCCCUGGGAACCACAUCACUUCAGAGCCCCCCCAUCGGCACCUUCCCAUCCUCCAGCCCUGAUGGGGAUGGUCUGGGGUCCCCUCCUGCCCCCGGCCAUCUCACACCCAUCCCCAGGCCUCUCUCCUCCGGUGUGCAGAGCACAUGGGAUGGGGUCACCCCACAAAGGGUGUGCUGGGAUGUUGCCAGAGGUGCACGAUGCCCAGGGGUGCAGGUUAAGGAUGAAUGUUGGCACUGGCAUCCUCACUACGCAAGCCAGUGACCUUCAUGGGGGGCUGGCACCCCCCCAGGUUCGCUGACCCCAUGCUCUGGGGUUGUCCCCAUUAGUGCACUGGUGGGGAUGGUGCCCCUGGGGCUCCCCGUCCCUCUGCUCUCCACCCUGGGCAGCACGUGGGCUCUAGGGCCUGGCCCAUGAGUUUGUUUUCCCCAGGGGAUGGAGCGGGGUGGCCAGGGGACCUGGGACACCCCCCCCCCCCCCCCGGUCACCAGCCCCAGGGACAUGGCCAGUUUAACCUCACUGUCUUCCAGUGGGGCGGGGGCACAGGGCUGGGGCUGUGCCCUCUCUCUGGAACAAGUGCCAAACGUGUCACCCCUGGCCUGCCCUCUCCAUCGCACUUUGUAGCAGGGGGUGGAUGAGGGUGUGGGAGCUGCUUCCCCAUCCCUCCAGCCCCAUCCCUCUGGCCAGCCCUGGCCUCACAGCGUAAGUGGGUUUUGCUCCAGGAGACAGGAACACAGGGACUGCAGUGGGGUAGGGAUGCAGCCACAGAGCUCGGGGACCUGAUGGGGCCAUUGGCAGAGGCCAGGCUCCACUCCAGAGAGCACCAGGAAGAGGCAGAAGGCACCCUGAGGAGCAUCAGACCCAACAUCCCAAUCCAACAAGCUCUUGGAGCUGUUUGAGUGAGCCCAGGGUGGGAGGUUGAGCCCCCCUUUUUCCCCACCUGGUUUUCUCAGGCAGAUGUGACAGCAAAGGCCACCUCCUCUUUGCAGAAGGAAGCUGCAUUUCAGAGCUCCCUUAGGACAGAGAUGUUCAUCCAGUGAAAGCGACAUCCCCAGCAUGCAGGGAGCAGGUCCCCACCACUGUCCCCAUGGUGCAGCACAGGCCAUGCUGAUAGCUGUUGCUGCUAAAGGGAGAGAAAGCCCUUUAUGGGGCUGGGAGGUGUUUGCUGCUCACUUCAUGUCCCUCACUUCAUAGUGUGGGUCCUGCUGGAGGGGGGGUCAAUGCUGGCCACCCUCCUCUGCUCUGGCACCCCACCAUGACUCCUGUAAGCUCAGCAGCUCCCAGAUUCCUCCCUGGAAACUCAGGGCUGGGUGCUUGAUGGGGGGUGACGUCUCCAUCUGUGGGAUGGGAGCUGCUGCCACUGGGGAGCUGUGGUGGGGAAGAGCCUGGCAGCCAUUUGGGGACAUGGUGUGUGGCCCGUGGGGACACACUGCCCAGUGCCAUGGUGGGGCAACCCAUGGGGUUUGGGAGUGCUGGCCCCAGGAGCCAGCAUCACCACACUGGGCACAAUGAGAGCUUUGGGGGUUCACUGCCACGCUGAGCUGAGAGGACCAAGGGGGCUGUGGGAGGCUGGCUCUUCCCUAACCCCCAGCAUGGAAAAACCAGGAUGAUGCUCCAGGGGUGGCUCAGCUACCAAAGCCAAACCUUCCUUGUGGCUUCAAAGGGGUCCAGAAGAGCUCUCCAGGCUCUACACCAUCAUGGUGUAGGGCUGUGGCAGUGCUUGUGGCUGCUGGCAGGUCAGGUCCUUGCUCAGGAGGGUCCCUGGAGGGUUUUCUGGCUGCUCUGAGCUGUGUGUCCCCAAGUUAGCUCCCAGGGUGGCUGUCCCAUCCCACAGCUGGUGGCAUGCACAUGGUGGUGGAGAGGAGCCAGGAGGAGCGAGCAAAGAAAUGAGCAUCCUCCACUGGUGGCACAGGAGAGAUGGGAUUUGGGUGCAGGUGGCACCAGUGCUGUCCUCAAGCCACCCAGAAGGGACGAGGGGUAGGCAGGAGCUGCUGGUAAAAGGCAAUAGCCCUUGUUCCAGUGAUCCAGCUGUCAGGGAUUUAGGGAAAGAAACCGGAUUGCUGCUUCUGAACUCUGCUUUGAGCAUGUUUUGGAUUUUCAGAGUAUGUUUAAUAAAGGGCAUCUUAUGUCAACAAA